GUUUUAAGACAUUCCUGCGCGGAUCGGGUGGCGGCUUUACAUAAUGAACGGCACGCUUUUCCGGUGAAGUGGCCCUUUAAAAAGCCGGCGCGCUCGCCGGUCGGGCCAGCGUGCGUGUGCGUGUGCGUGUGCGUGUUUUGCGUUUUGCGAUUUGUGCGUGCGGCAAGCUGCGGACAAAUCGGCUCCGAGGAUGGUCUCGUCGUACCCUUUACCGGAGGGCUUCUCCGAGUUUGAUGUCUUCUCCCUGGGAUCGUGUCUGCUGGUCGAGGGUCUGAUGGGCUUCUUCCUAAACGCGGUCACCAUCGCCGCUUUCCUGAAAGUGAGGGAGCUGAGGACCCCCAGCAAUUUCCUGGUCUUCAGCUUGGCCAUGGCCGACAUGGGCAUCUCCAUGAACGCCACCGUCGCGGCUUUCUCCAGCUUCCUCAGGUACUGGCCGUACGGCUCCGAGGGAUGCCAGACUCACGGCUUCCAGGGUUUCGUGACGGCUCUCGCCAGCAUCCACUUCAUCGCCGCCAUCGCCUGGGAUCGAUACCACCAGUACUGCACAAGGACAAAGCUGCAGUGGAGCAGCGCCAUCACGCUGGUCAUCUUCAUCUGGUUCUUCAGCGCCUUCUGGUCCGCCAUGCCUCUCAUCGGCUGGGGCGAGUACGACUACGAGCCCCUCAGGACCUGCUGCACUCUGGACUACAGCAAGGGCGACAGGAACUACAUCUCUUACUUGAUCCCCAUGAGCGUCUUCAACAUGGCCAUCCAGGUUUUUGUUGUCAUGUCCUCCUACCAGUCCAUUGCGCAGAAAUUCAAGAAGACUGGAAACACCAAGUUCAACCCAAAUACUCCCCUUAAGACCAUGCUGCUGUGCUGGGGCCCCUACGGCCUCCUGGCCUUCUACGCCGCAGUGGAGAACGCCAACCUGGUCUCGCCCAAGCUCAGGAUGAUGGCCCCCAUCCUGGCCAAGACCUCCCCCACCUUCAACGUCUUCCUGUACGCUCUGGGCAACGAGAACUACCGAGGAGGGAUCUGGCAAUUCCUCACCGGGGAGAAGAUCGAAGUGCCUCAAACUGACAACAAGUCCAAAUAAACUUAGCAUUGCAAAUGUUGCACAGCCAUUUCGCUUGUGGUGGUGGUGGUGGUGGUGGUGGUGGUGUUCUCGCACAGGUACCAAAGUAGAUGUGUUUCGUCUUCUGUGGUGUAUGCGUUUGUGCAUGUUUGAUUGUGUGCGUGCGUGCGUGCGUUGUGUCCGUAACGUGCUUUGUCCCUCGUGUCCUGCUUUCGUCCUUCAAUUAGUCCCUUCAGUUGUAAAAUAUCAUAGACAACAAAUUGAAUCUGUUUCUUUUUUUCAUUUCUUUCAUUUUUUUUCAUUCACAAAAAAAUCAAGUCUAUCUAAAAACAUAAAUAAAAACACGGCUUGGUAUAAAAGUGGUUUAUGGUCCCACUGGUGAGGGGGAAAAACACACUGAAAUGUCAUAAAGUUGUUGGAUUAAAGUUUUAAUCUUAAAAGAAAAAAGACGUGAAAAAAUAAAUACAAAAAAUCAAACUAUAAAAAGCAAAUCCUUCUAGUAAACGUUUAAUAGAUUGUUAAUUGGUUCAAAACAGUGUUCAUCUUUACUCAGGCAGACGUUUUUGCUCAUCAUACUGCAACUUUAGCUUUCAUUCCGAGAACAAAGUUGUAAUAUUAUGAGGAUAGCGGUAAUAAUUGUCAAAAUUGCGACUUUAUCCGUGUGAUAUUAGGAAAAAGAAUGACAACUUUUUUUCUUGUAAAAUCACAAUAUUUGAUUUAUCCUUUUAUUGUUUUCAUUAUUUUGACUUUAUGAAAUACUUCAUAUUAAUCAGUUAAUAUCGUUACAUAUUUGUCAUAUCUUAUUACAAUUAUAGGAUAUUCUGAUUUAUUCCUGAAAAAUUACGACUUUAUUCUUCUCAUUUGACAAGGCAGAAAUAGGAGAAUAGUCUAUUACAGGAAUAUAUUUUUUGCCUUAUUUAUUUUACCCUCACAGUAUUUCAACUUUAUCACAAUUAUGACUCGAUUGUAGGAACAUGUAUUGCACAUCAAAAUUGGACUUAAAAAAAAAUGUACCUCAAUAAAUGUUGAAAAACAAACAGUUCUUAAAGUGGAAAUGCAAACAUUUUGAAUUUCAAACUUAUUUAUAUACAAGUGAACUGGACUUACGUAGGCAGUGAUCCCGCAUAGCACACUUUUGGAGAAUCACGAUUGAGCUCAACAACUUCGCGCUACUGUUUGACAUUUAUGCUCUACGUUUAUUUAUUUGCAAUAGAGACCCCCCCCCCCCCCCCUUCCUCACCCCCCCAAUUGGAAGCACAUGCCGCUGCUUGAUCUGUGUGUAGAAUUCGCGCUAAUCCCACAAAACAAGAAGACUAUUAUUCAAUCGAACCCCCCUUCGCCCCCCCCCCCCCCCCCCCCCCCACGCCGCCACAAAUCAGAAAUUAGUCAGCAGCUCCAAAAUACAUCCACAUGUUUCAGAACCUUGAACAUCGACUAUAAACAACUUCUGUAUAACAAUGAAACACAAUAGUGGACAAUAAAAGAACCAUGUAUGUUGGAACUCUUGAAAUGAAUCCCUCUUUAAUCCCAAUGAAUGUUCGUACGAUGACGUUUGGUUUCUCUGCGAUUGUGCGCGUCGCCGAUCUGUUCCAUGUGUUGUCUUGUUGAGCACGGUGCCACGCGGCACACAUUGCUUAUCAGAUCAUCAUCAUCAUCAUCAUCAUCCCGACCGCAAUGGAACGGGUCUCAAUUGCGGCGCGUGCACUCCGGUGGAUCCUCCAAAGUCAAACGCAAUCCUUUCUGUGCCCUCGCAUGCGGGCAAGGAGAGCUAUCUGUUUUGCAUGGACGUCUGCUUAUUACAAAACAAAAUAUUGAUAUUUAUACCAGUUAUCCUUUCCAUUCUCGUGCUUCCCAUGAAUCAUUUCCAGUUUGGAAUAUUUAAGUAAUAAGUCCCCAUCUUAACUUACCAUAAAAAAAAUUUCUAGAAAUUUACUGGGAAUUUUCCACCCCUUUGCAACUGUAUCUUUGAGGGACGUUUUAAUAUUCAUAACCGCCACACAAGUGAAAAGAAAUGUGAACAUAAGAAGAUGAAAUAAAACCAAAUUACAGUGA